AUGGGGCGAAUUGACGCUGUGUAUGCGCUACUCUGCUUUAUCCUCCCCGUCUUGGUCGGCCUGCAUUUGUAUGUCGCGCCCUAUACCAAGGUUGAGGAGUCUUUUCACAUCCAGGCCAUUCAUGAUCUGCUCGCCUUUCAGCUGCCCACUCGCAAUGUCGCAGAGACGCUGCGCGCUGAGUAUGAUCAUUUCACUUUCCCCGGGGCUGUGCCUCGGACGUUUGUCGGCGCCGUGACGCUCGCCGGGCUGUCGCGGCCAUUCAUCUGGUUGAACGCGAAUGUUGACCGGCAAUUCCUGGCUCGAGCACUUCUCGGCCUGCUCAAUUCCUCAUCGCUGCUGGCGUUCGCAUCCAGCAUGCGACGGGCCUUUGGCAAACCGGCGGCCAUGUGGUAUCUGCUCUUCCAGACCAGCCAGUUCCAUGUCCUCUUCUAUGCCUCGCGAACCCUGUCCAACAUGUUCGCCUUUGGCCUCUCCACCCUGGCGCUGAGCUACCUGCUUCCCGUGCCAGUAUCGCCGCGGGCGUACCAGAAACGCUGUCGCACGGCGCUGUUCCUGUUGACGCUGGCGGGCAUCAUCUUCCGCUCGGAGCUGGCGUUGCUGCUGGGCACCAUCACCAUCUUCCUCUACCUCACCGGCCGCGUCGAGAUCCGACGAGACAUCAUCCCCGCUGGGGCCCUCGGACUCCUACUGGGUCUCCUCUUCACCGUCGGCGUGGACUCCUUUUUCUGGCAAGAAUUCCCCCUGUGGCCGGAAUUCGCCGCCUUCAAGUUCAACGUCCUCGCCGGCCAAGCCUCCGCCUGGGGCACGCACCCCUGGCACUUCUACUUCACCAACGCCCUUCCUCGCCUCCUCCUCAACCCGUCAACCUUGCUGGCCAUCCCUCUUGCCUUUACACUCCCCUCCACCGCGCGCUCCGCCCAGCUCCUCACUGUCCCGUCCCUCGCCUUCCUCGCCAUCUACAGCUUCCAGCCGCACAAGGAAUGGCGCUUCAUCGUCUACAUCAUCCCCGCGCUGACAGCCACCGCCUCCCUCAGCGCCUCCUACGCUUGGACGCACCGCGCCAAAUCCCUCAUCCCGCGCCUCCUCUCUCUCUUCCUACUCCUUACCACCGCCCUCUCCUUCCUCCUCUCCACCUUCGUCCUCCUCCCCGCCUCUGCAGCCAACUACCCCGGCGCGCUGGCCCUACACGCCCUCCAUCGCCACGCUGAUAACACCCAACCCGUCAUCUUCGUCCACUUGGGAAACCUCGCCUGCCAAACUGGCAUCACUCGCUUCCAACAACUCCCUGGCCGUGUCUCCUUGUCCCACUCCGCGUGGGCCUACGAUAAAUCCGACUCCGCGGACCCUGCCGUCCUCACUGAGAACCCAUACAGCUUCUGGUCUCGAUUCGACUACGUCCUCGUUGAGCCGGGAGAGGAGGAAGAUCGACUUCGUGCUGUCUCCUCCCCUUCCUCCUCCAUGUCCCAAGAUGCGAGUAGCGGAAGUGGUAUUCCCCUAACCUGGACCGAAAUCGACACAAUCCCAGGAUUCGCAGGCCUCCGGAUUCUUCGACCCGGUGAUGAACCAAGUGACAUCGAACUCGGGGUAUUGAGGUCUUGGUGUGGAGAGGCGUGUGGGGAAGUGUGGUUGUUCUUGAGAGAUAUGGUGAGAAAACUUGCGAGGGGCUGGUUUGUUGAGGUUCGGGUUGAGCCGAGGGUGCGAGUUUUGGGGAGGGUUUAUUAG